UUCGGGUUUGGCAGUUUGCGUGAGUGCGACAACUCUCUCAGUUGCGCCAUGUAUGUCCUUCUCCUGUUCGGGGCGCUCGCCUCCAUUCUUGCUUCGAUCUUCCUCUCCGGAACCGCCAGCGUAAACAAUCUGGUGAACUGGCAGUCACCCUUCGUGACUAAACUGGGCUGGCUGGGAAGCUCCAAGUCCCUUCCAUCGGUCUCCGUGCCCGCAAAUUGGAACGGCUUCGGCUACCUCUUCAACAUCACAGUCGGCACCCCGCCGCAGAGCCUGACCGUACUGAGCGACUGGGCCUGGGUGACGCUGUUCACGCGCAGCGCCCGCUGCGAGGGACGCUACGACCCAGCCCACUGCGUCGCCGCGGGCCAGAGCUACUUCGACGAGCGCGCCUCGACGAGCUACAGCAACCAAACCAUCCUCCCGCGCCUCCGGUGGGACACGAGCCUCUACUCGCCCGACUUCACCGUCAACUACGCCACCGACACAGUCUGCAUCAACCACCCCGACAACACCUCCCACAUCUGCACCACCCCAUCCACCACAAUCCAAGUCUCCGACUUCCCCUUCGCGGGCCAUUACGUGCCCCCCGUCCCGUUCGGGGGCAUCUUCGGCCUCGCGCCGGUCAUCCCCGGCCUGAACGCGACCUACCACCCGACGCACUACCAAGCCUGGAAACAGGGCCGCGCGGGCGCGCAGAUCGGGUUCAACAGCUGCGCCAAGCUCUCGUCCAAGAGAUUCUGCCACGGCGGCGACGCCAAGUUCGUCUUCGGGGGCACGGACCCGUCCCUGUACGACGCCGACCAGGUGAUCUGGUAUCCCAUCGUCACGCCGCCGUGGCUCGGCGACGAGAUGUUCCUGCCCAUCAAGCCCUCGAUCUGGAACUUCUGGGCCACGCGCUGGACGGGGGGGUGGAUCGUCGAGCCCGAGCCCCGCCCCGACGGCGAGAAGCGGUGGUCGUCGUCGUCGUCGUCGUCGUCGCCGACCAACUACGCCUUGAUCACCCCGCUCGCGGUGCUGGACGACGGCUCCGAGGGGCUGGGCGUCCCCGUGACGGCGCGCCAGUACGCGGAGCUGGUGCGGCGGACCGGCGGCCGGAAGGCGGAUGCGGCGACGCGCGCGGCGAUCGCGGCCCAGUGGACGUCGAGCACGACGGGCAUGGCCACGCAGGAUUGGUAUGUGGUUGACUGCGCGACGGACGGCCGUCCGGAGCUGGUGUAUGAGUUCGAUCGCCGCGGGAAUUACUCGGUCGGAGCCCAGGAGUACGUGCAGAAGAUCUAUGAGACUGGGGAGUGCUAUCUCAAUGCCCACGUGUGGGAGCAUAGUCGUACGGAGAGCGGGGAUGCGACGGUGAUUUCGGUGGGGGAUGGGAUUCUGAAGGGGUUGUAUGUCGUGUUGGACUUUGAGAGGAAUGUGUUUGGGUUGGCGCCGUUGAAGAGGGUAUAA